AUGGCUUCAGCGCGUUCCACGACAGCAGCCGUCUCCCAGUCUGCCCAAGACGCUGCACAUACAACCUCCAUCGCCACAUCAUCCUUCCUGGACCGCGCCUCGGCCUGGUAUCGGGACAACAAGAUCGCGGCAUGGACGAUCGCGGGUGUGACAGUAGUGGUUGCCGGCGGCACAGUCUACUAUCUCUCCACAUCACCGCGGCCACCGAAAGUAUCAGAGCUGGACAAGCAGAGUAAGAGGGAGAGACGGAAAGCGAUCAAGAAGGAUGUGCCCAAGACAGUGGAGACGGAGGAGAGCAGGGCGGACACUAAAGCUGGCGCGCCUCAGACGGCGAGUGUGACGGAAGAGGCGCCUGAAGAACUGCCACAAGUGACAGAGCAAAGUGUGGGCAGCUUAUCAGACCAAGAUCGAAAUAACUACGCCGCCAAGCUCAAGGCUGCCGGCAACAAAGCCUACGGCAGCAAAGACUACAACAAAGCCAUCGACCUCUACGGUCAAGCCAUCCUCUGCAAACCCGACCCCGUCUUCUACUCCAACCGCGCCGCCUGCUGGAACGCCAUGAGCAACUGGGAGAAAGUGAUCGAAGACACCACCGCUGCCAUCUCUCUCGACCCGGAAUACGUCAAGGCGCUGAACCGACGAGCCAAUGCCUAUGAGCAGGAUGGUCAGUACAGUGAAGCCCUCCUCGACUAUACCGCCAGCUGCAUCAUCGAUCAAUUCCGCAACGAGUCCUCCGCACAGGCAGUCGAGAGACUACUGAAGAAGGUAGCCGAGACCAAAGCUAAAGCGAUUAUGGAAGGCAAGGAGAAGAAGCUGCCCAGCCCGACAUUCGUAUCAAACUACCUCCAGUCCUUCCGCGCUCAACCUCUACCAGCAGGUCUAGAAGAGACGGCCGACUUGGAGGAGAACACUGGAAAGUGGUACAUGCGCAAAGGUCUCCAAGCAAUCCAACAACGUACAAGCGAAGGCUACGACGAAGCCUCCGCCGCCUUCGACUCCGCCCUCUCAUCCGGCAACCUCGAAUCCCACGAAGGUCUCGCGUACAAUAUGCGCGGCACCUUCCGCUACCUUAAAGGCGACAACGACAGCGCCUUGACCGACCUCAACAAAUCCCUCGACCUCGACCCGGCAUUGGUACAAUCCUACGUCAAACGCGCAAGCAUGCACCUCGAGCAGAACAAGCGAGAUGAUGCCGCCAAGGACUUUGAACUAGCCAUGGAACAUAAUGCGAAUGACCCGGAUAUCUUCUACCACCGCGCCCAACUCCACUUUAUCCUAUCCGAAUUCUCGGCGGCAGCGACCGACUACCAGAAAUCCAUCGAUCUCGACCCGGCCUUUAUAUUCUCGCACAUCCAACUCGGAGUCACACAGUACAAGAUGGGUUCGAUCGCCUCGUCCAUGGCGACUUUCAGACGUUGUAUCAAGAAUUUCGGCGAGAAGAGUGAUGUCUAUAAUUAUUACGGAGAGUUAUUGCUUGAUCAGCAGAAGUAUUCGGAAGCGGUGGAGAAGUUCGAUACGGCGGUUGAGAUGGAGAGGAAGAGUGUUGGGGAGAGAGGAGGUAUGAAUGUGUUGCCCCUCAUCAACAAAGCCCUUGCGCUUUUCCAGUGGAGGCAGGAUUUCAGUGCGGCGGAGGAAUUGUGCCAGAAAGCGCUGAUAAUCGACCCAGAAUGCGAUAUAGCAGUCGCCACCAUGGCGCAGCUGCUACUUCAACAAGGCAAGGUUACCCAGGCUCUCGAGUACUUCCAGCGUGCGGCUGAGCUGUCCCGGACGGAAGGUGAGGUGGUGAAUGCGCUGUCUUAUGCUGAAGCCACACGGACGCAGUUGGAUGUGCAGGAGAAGUAUCCCCAGCUUGCGGCUAGGUUGCAGGGGAUGGGGGCUGCGGGUAUGGGUGGGAUGAGAUAG